CUGGUGAGACAGGAGAGCAUCAUCUGCAUUUAACUCUGAAAGAUGACACUUCCUUACUCAUUGACAAGUUAUCCUCUGUAGAUGUUGAAAGGCUGAAGUCAUUACUAGAUUCUUUUCAUCCAUGUGAAUCCCAACAGCUUGAGGAACCCAAGAGUAGUCAGCAUGUUCUUGAGAGUAGUGAUCCAUUUUGCACGAAGCACCAGGAGUCAGUUGCUGGAUCCCUGAAUACUAAACAAGAAAGUGGAGCUCCGGGGCCCAUGAAGAUGCCACUUUUGUGGCCAAACUCCAGCAGCAGCCAUGUUGAAAAAGAGAGAGUAGAAAAACCGAGCAUAAAGAGGAAGAGAAAAUCAACACCCAGUGUAGAAAUAAUUGAGGAGAUUCUCGAAGUAAAUAAUCCUGAACCAGAAAAGAAAUCCAAGACCUAUAACUCCAGGAAUAAAAGAUGCAAAGGAGAGAAACCAAUGGCUUUAAGAGAUCAGGAAAAGCUUAACAUUUGGAAACUUGAAACCUUCAUUCAAUACCAACGCCUGCUGGAGGCCUAACCUAGAUGACACUAUUCUUCCAACACUAGCAUGGUCUGAUGAAGGUGGAUCAAAGUUUAGCCAGGAAACCAAACAUAUGACCUGCAGCCUCCUCUUGAGACUUACGCAAAGCAACUGAAACGUGAAGGCUUCCCCAAUUUGGGAAAUACCUGUUACAUGAAUUCCAUUUUACAAUCUGUCUUUGGGAUUCCAACGUUUGCAAAGGACUUGCUCACACAAGGUAUUCCAUGGGAGAAAGUUUCCUAUGAUGAUCUUAUCAAGCCCUUAAGUCAACUGCUUGUCUUGAAAGACAUCCGAGAUAUAGAGGUCAAGGGAGAGUUACUCAUUAAUGUCAAGAAAUCCAUCUCCACAGUUGCAGACACAUUCUUGGGUGAUGAACAGAAUGAUGCCCAUGAAUUUCUAAGUCAGUGCUUAGACCAGUUGAAACUGAACAUGGAAAAACUAAAUACCAUGUGGCUCACUGAGAUGGACAAUGACGCUGAAGAAUCAUCUCUAUCAACAUAUGAUGAGAAUGCCAUCCCCAAAAGGUUUGUUUGUCCUGUCAGUGCUAAUUUUGAAAUAGAGCUGCAGAGCUCUAUUGUUUGUGAGGCCUGUGGUGAGGCUACUCUCAACACUGAAGUGAGUAAUUACCUCUCUGUUGACCUGCACCAAGGCACAAGAGAACAGCCUCUAUCAAUUCAAAAGUCACUUGAUCUUUUCUUUACACCAGAAAAAAUUGAGCGUAAUUGUGCGAAGUGCAAGAACAAGAAUUCAGUUCUCAAGUACACUUUGAAGAGGCUCCCCAGGGUCCUCAUUGUUCAUCUGAAACGCUACCACUUGACCGCAAAUGGGUUGUUGGUGAAGAGUCAGCAGCCAGUUGAGAUUUCUAAGUAUCUAAAUGUAUCUUCCCACUUCAAUGAAAACAUAAAAGAACCACUUUCCUUGACCAGCAAGACAUCUUAUGAGGACUGUGAUGUCCCAAUGUCCCUGAAGAGAUGA